AUGCGCCCUGAGCGCGGCGCCCCCGCUCGGCUCUGCUCGGACUGCGCUCGGAUAUUUCCGCCUCUUUGUUUUAAACUCCGGGCCCAGCCUUUUAAUUUUAUACUCCCUCCCCCUUGUGGUGGCGCCCGGGGAAGGACGGGCCGGGAAUAGAGGGUCGGUGACGGGGUGGAAAACCCCACGCCAGCCCCGAGGAGACCGCGCCUCGUCCCCACCAACGGACACGGCGCCGCCCCUCCCCCGUCAGAGUCUGUGGUGACCUUGCUGUAUGAGGUGCUCCGUCUUAGAGAAACAAUAAAAGCCUGAAACCUUGUCUGGAUCAUUUAGUUACCUUUGCUAAUGUCUCCACCAUCUCCUACCGUCUCUAGGUCUCUGGAUGGCAGACUCUGAAAAGAAAUGCUGUUCUAAGAGACACCAAAGAUGCUAACAAGAAAGAUUAAGCUUUGGGACAUUAAUGCCCAUAUAACCUGUCGUCUGUGCAAUGGAUACCUGAUUGAUGCUACUACUGUAACAGAAUGCUUACAUACUUUCUGUAGAAGCUGCCUAGUGAAAUAUUUGGAGGAAAACAACACCUGCCCAACCUGUAGAAUUGUUAUACAUCAGAGUCACCCAUUACAGUACAUAGGUCAUGACAGAACAAUGCAAGACAUUGUGUACAAACUUGUGCCAGGCCUCCAAGAAGCGGAAAUGAAAAAGCAAAGGGAGUUUUAUCACAAACUGGGAAUGGAAGUUCCAGGGGACAUCAAAGGGGAGACAUGUUCUACAAAACAGCACCUAGAUUCCCAUCGAAAUGGUGAAACUAAACCAGAUGAAAGUUCAAACAAAGAAACUUCAGAGGAAAAACAGGAAGAAGAUAAUGAUUACCACCGAAGUGAUGAACAGGUAAGCAUCUGCUUGGAAUGCAAUAGCAGCAAACUGCGUGGAUUGAAACGAAAAUGGAUUCGUUGCUCUGCACAAGCAACAGUCUUGCAUCUAAAGAAGUUCAUUGCCAAAAAACUAAACCUUUCUUCUUUCAAUGAGCUGGACAUAUUAUGCAAUGAAGAGAUUCUUGGCAAGGACCACACACUCAAGUUUGUAGUUGUUACUAGAUGGAGAUUUAAGAAAGCGCCUCUACUGCUACAUUACAGACCCAAAAUGGACUUGCUGUAAGAGAACUUUAUUGUCCUUCUGGACAUAUUUUUUUGCAGAGACUAUCAUCUGGAAUCUUCUUAGUGCAUCACUAAUCACAUGACACAAACCAGCUGAAUAAUUUUGGAAGACUGUAGGACUUUCAUAGCAGACUAUCCUUCUGAAUAUUCUUCUAGGGAUGUAUAACCUAGAUUUCUGGACAGAAAAUAUUUAUACUUUUUUUGUAUGGAAGAAAGAAGUUGCAACUCAACAAGACACUACCAGCACUAAGUUUACAGAUACUGAAAACACUUCGCAGUUCCAUGUAGCUCAGCCUGAUUUAUCUCUACAGUUACACAGAAAUAAGUUAAACUGUUGUGGGGUGAUUUAAAAUGUUGCUUUUGACAGGACAUUGCAUUUAGUUACUUUUGACAUUCUGAAUCUUUAAAAAUUAUAUUUUUGCAAAGUGUUGUUGUCUUCUAUAGGAUGCCUGAUUGUGUUGGCUUUACGCAGUUUUUUCUGCAGAGCACUGAACAUGCAUAAUGAUACAGUGGCUAGUGAUAAUUUAUUAUGCAGCAUUGAAAUUUCUGAAAGUCUGGGAAGUCAGUGUUUGUUAUUUUUACCCAGUUGAUGCUCUCCUUCAUUUUGUGGUUUGGAAAAGAUUUGGUAACCCCUGUAUGCGUUGAUUUGGUAACAUGAAUAGGAAUAAUAUCAGUUAAUUUUAAUAUGCCCUGAUCAUUUGCCGUGGCACACA